AGUGUGUGUUUGUAUCCGGACUGUGUUUGAUCUUCAUGCGCAGUUCGGACAGAAUGAGCUGCAGCUCUUAUUUCACAAACUUCUGCGGUAUUAAAACAUUAAAACAUUCCUGCGGGGAUUUCAGAGGCUUUAAAAUCUCACACGCGCUUUCACAAGGAAAGAAACACACAUAUAAAGUCUCGCAUUGUAAAGCUGCGGUCAGCAGUGAGAAACAUUUGAAAAUGGCUUCAUACGCGUUACCGGAGGGAUUCAGUGAUUUUGACAUGUUCGCCUUCGGGUCCGCGCUGCUGGUCGGCGGCCUUCUCGGCUUCUUCCUUAAUUUUAUCUCGGCCAUGGCGUUCCUGCGAGUGCGAGAGAUGCAGACGCCCAAUAACUUCUUCAUCUUUAACCUGGCAGUGGCUGAUCUGAGCCUCAAUAUUAACGGUUUAGUGGCUGCUUACGCCAGUUAUCUGAGAUACUGGCCGUUCGGGUCCGAAGGCUGUCAGAUUCACGCUUUUCAGGGAAUGGUAUCGAUUCUCGCCGCCAUCAGUUUUCUGGGUGCCAUUGCUUGGGACAGAUAUCAUCAGUACUGUACUAAGCAGAAGAUGUUCUGGAGCACAUCUGGAACUAUCAGCGCCCUCAUCUGGAUUCUGGCCGUGUUCUGGGCGGCUCUUCCGCUGCCUGCCAUUGGCUGGGGAGUUUUUGACUUUGAGCCAAUGAGAACCUGCUGCACACUCGACUACACCAUCGGAGACAGGAAUUACAUCAGCUACAUGCUGACCAUCACUGUACUGUAUCUGGCCUUCCCUGUUCUCAUCUUGCAGUCCUCCUACAGCAUCUAUGCAUACUUCAAAAAGACACACCACUAUAAGUUUAACACAGGUUUACCGCUGAAGGCGCUGCUGUUCUGCUGGGGACCUUAUGUUGUGAUGUGCACAUACGCCUGCUUCGAGAACGUCAGUCUCAUUUCACCCAAGCUCAGGAUGGUCCUCCCGGUGCUCGCAAAGACGUCUCCGAUCUUCCACGCCGUCCUGUACGCGUACGGUAACGAAUUCUACCGCGGAGGAAUCUGGCAGUUCCUCACGGGACAGAAACCUGCGGACAAAAAGAAAUGAGAGUCAAAGAGCUUCAGCUGUUUCGUCCGUCCAUGUAAUGCCGUAUUGAGAAGAAUCUACAAGAGUUUACACAUGAUGAUGUUUAUGUCAAAUCAGUGCCUUAACACAUUUAUUUGUCCAGAAUUUCCCUGAAUUAUUAAUUGAAGACUGACGUACAGUGUGAAGCCUUAUUUCAGUAGUCUGAAGUGUGAGAGAUGAGAAUUCAUUCAGGACACAGUCGUUUAGCGAUUUCAUUGUUGUUGUCUUAAUAUCUCUGUUGACUAAAGCAUCUGAGUCCAGUAUUCAUGUGUGAAUCUAUGAAGAAAGAGGAUUUUUCUAACCAAAACUGAAUGAACCGCUAACAACAAAAGGGCCUUUCUUUGUUAAUCCACAGAAUAAACGUGAGGCACAAGUUUCUUCAGAUGCUUAUUAAAACUCAACUAGUAUCACCGAAGAGCUUGUUGACAUCAGAGGGUCAUUUCCUUCUUCAUUAGUUUAUCUGGUUUCCUGUCAGCUGACUCACUGAACGCUCUCAUUGAUCUAUGUGUUAGUUUGGAGUCCAGAUGGCUAAAUUAUGCAGAUGCUUUUAUUCAAGUCCAUGCACCGCAUGUUCAUUCCCACAGGUUCAGAGAUCUUCAGGAUCUUUUCAGUCAGCAGCUCAGGUCUUUAAACUCUGGGCUAAUAAUCAACAUGCACAUUUAGGAUUAAGAGUUCUCCAGGCUUUUGUAAUCUUCAGUAAUUCCUCUGCACAAGGAGCUGCUCUCAUAUCAGUAGAUUUGGGUUUCUGACGUGCGUUUGGAGCCCAAAGCGGAUCAGGACAUUAAUACGGCGGUCAAAGGGCGACUCUCAGACCCGCUGACCUACAGGUCUCUGAAACCACCGUGUUCCUCAGAAACACACCAGUGCACCAGUUCAGUCAUUCAUUGAGCUUUUUCCCUUCAUUGUCUUUAUUCUACUUUUAAAGCAAGUCAGUGUUGUGUUUACAUCUUGUAUUUACGUGUUUUAACAUGAGUUAAACUGAACAUAGCUAAAAAAAAAACUUUAUAACACUGUUCAGAUCAGUAGCAUAUGCAGAUAUUUUGGGAUAAAGUAGAGUUUCAUGGGAAUGCUUUGUCUUUUUUUCUGGAUAUUUGCUCUUUAAGCUGUUCUAAAGAUAUUUAAAGGUUUUCAAAACAGUGAUUUUGUCAACUCUGAUUAAGCUCAAGCAGGGCACAGAUUCAGCUCUAUUUGUGGACAGACACUAGUUCACACGGCUCCUCGUCUCUGCGGACACAGACGCUUUCUAUCUCAGUCUUUAAGGUGCCGUUGACCCCAUAAGCAGGAUUGACUCCUGGACUCUUCUCAGAAACAGCCUUUGAAAUAGACGUGAAGAGCGAAAACACUUAAAAGAAACUUUCACACGGUCAUGAAGCUCGAGAUUAGAUCACAGUGCUGAAGAUUUUCCCUGAAUGUUUGACCAGUUUCUCUAACCCAAACCUGACAGACACGUCCAAUCACAAUACAGAUUCAAGACUACAUUUACAUUUAAUCAUUCAGCAGAUGCUUUUAUCCAAAGCCACAGAGAAAUAGAAGCAGUUAAACUAACAAAAGGGCAACAAUAUGUACAGUAAGUGGUGUGUAAAAAAAGAGUAGAAAGUGUUAAUGGGUCAAGGGUUGACAAAAAAGAUUUCUUGAAAAUGGAUAAAGACUCAACUGCUCGAUUUCUGAAUAACUGAUGUGAUUCAAUAUUGCAGUAAUGAUCUGGUCAGUGUCUUAUGAUUGAUCGUUCAAAUGUAAGAUCUAAAAGAAACACCAUCAGUGAAGAGAAAAAGCUCUGAAGUUAGGUAAGAUGCAAUAAUAAUGCCACAUCUGCUCGUGUGGUGUCUGUAAAAGAGUCAGUUUUAUUUGGGUAAAUGUUACGACACAAUUUCUUGCAGAUGUGUUUCAUGGUAUCUGAGGACGAAGGUCGGUUUGUUUAAUCAUUAGUUCCUGCUGCGCUCCAAACAUACUGAGAUGAAAAGACAACGUGAGAAGAAGACAUUCAUACAAAACAACAAUCUACUCCAGUGUUUGCCAUAUGAGUCACUAUAACACAUGUACUUAUUAUGGUUAUACAUGUGGCCCUGGUUACACUUCCAAAAUUAAAUGCCAUUCCAAAUGAAAGUUUUGGAGAAUGUUCAUUUAAUUGUACCAUUCCUGACAGAUAAUGAAAUAAUAACUAUA